UCUUGCUCUAGCUCUUCGGAAGUUGAAAAAAAGUUUUGAUUACAAUUGUGAUAAAAAUGACGAGCUCUACAAUUAUUUAGAGAAUUUGUUAAAUUAAACUGAGUUUUUUAUAAAUAUGACUGUGUGGCGAAAACUACAAAAUGAAGAAACUUACGCUGUUGCCCUAUACAACUUCAACGCCACAUCACCAAACCACCUUCAGCUCGAAGUGGGUGAGCUGGUACACCUCGAGGGAGAGACUAAGGACUGGUACUGGGGACAAAGUCUUCGACGGGAGGGGAGAGGCGUCUUCCCUAGAAACUAUGUAGUGAUACGAGAGUGCCAUGUUGACAGAUGUGGCGAGACAGUCGUGGCUUCGGCGGGUGGUGGUGGUGUGGUACACGAUAUUGCGGUCACUUUAAGAGAAUGGCUGCAGCAUUGGAAGGAUCUAUAUACAAAAAAUGAUGGCCGUUUUAAAUUCAUGGAAGUGAGUAUGCGGGCUUUAUUGGAAUUGAGGGGUCAGGCGGCCUCCGGAGCCUUACCACAGGAUCAGCUAAGACGAGUCGCCAGGACUGCUGUGUUUACAACCGAUAAGGGAAACAGAAUAUUGGGCAUGGAGUUAGCUGUAAGAACAAUAAGUGGUCAGUUAGUUGACCCUCUGACAACUUCUACCUUCAGAUUGAACGCUUUACAUGACGAAGCAAAUUCGCGGAUUGAUAAAAACAUGGAAACGACCCCUUCGAGUCGUCCAACGAGCCAAAACCCGAUCGCGCGUACGUACUCAAUAGUGGUGAACGUAAAAAACUUCGUCUGCCGUAUGAGUGACGUAGCGGAACUUUCGCUCGCGUUACACGACUCAAGUGGCGCGAAAUUGACUGAGAGUGUUCUAUUAAGGUGGCCUCCACAAAAUCUCGUCGUUGAUUUGUUUACCGCACAACCUCUCGUGUUUACCGAACUUGGAAGUGAUAUAAAGAAAGAGAAGAUUUUCCUCGUCUGUCACGUUGUGAGAAUAGGAUCUAUGGAGGCACAGAAUGUCGAUCACAGUUUCGAUCGAAUCUCGUGUGUGCCCAGACGCAGCACAAUCACAGGUGCACCGUUGACUAGUGUUGGCACCAUGCGUCGUCCGUUUGGCGUUGCUCUCGCUGACGUCACGAUGUACUUGGCCCAUCAACAAGUGGAUAAGGAAAUACAGCUGCCAUUUUAUCCGUGUGAGAAAGACAACAUGGACUCUCUUCUCAAGAAAGUCAUAUCGAAUAGAGAUUACAAAGAACAGAAGCAUGCGCAAGGGUUAUGGGUUUACCUUCAGAUAUUUGAGGGGGAUUUAAAACAAAUACGCCAAGAAAACCCACAUAUAGUGGUCGGAAACAGCGCUUUUGCUCGUAAAAUGGGUUUUCCUGAGGUGAUUCUUCCGGGGGACGCCAGGAAUGACCUCUACGUGACUUUAUGCGGUGGUUCCUUUUCCCGGGGCGGGGGGAAGUCUUCUGAGAGAAAUAUAGAGCUGGUUGCAAGAGUUGUGGAUAAAAAUGGACAGAUUAUUCCGGGUGUCAUAUCAAUCGGCGCUGGUGUGGCGCUAGUCAACGAGUUUACUUCUAUUGUUUAUUACCACGAAGACAGACCCCGGUGGCAAGAAGUAUUUAAGGUGUGCCUUAAUAUUGAGGAGUUCAAGGAGGCUCACAUAGUGUUCCUGUGUCGGCAUCGAAGUUCAAAUGAGGCCAAAGAUCGCAGUGAAAGACAUUUCGCGUUAGCCUAUUUACGACUUAUGCAGAAGGAGGGCACUACCACAUCAGAUACUCAACACCAUCUUGCUGUUUAUAAGAUCGACCAUAAGCGAUCACAAACAAGUGAUGUGGAAACAGAAGCAGCGGCUGCCUGUCUUGGUUUGCCGUCCAGACGUGAUGAGCUCCCCGCUGGCUCUGACCGAGGACUGACUAGGGGUCCAUUAUCACUGGUUCAUAGGGAUACAUUAACUGUGGCCACUAAAUUAUGCUCGACCAAGCUCACUCAGAGAGAGGAAAUCCUUGGCGUGCUUAAAUGGAGUACCCAUCACGCAGAAGGCACAUUACGUACAGCACUUACGAAGCUACUGCGAGUACCAAAUGAUGAAUUAGUUAAAUUUCUUCAGGACAUUUUGGAUGCUCUCUUCUCUAUACUAACUCAGGUGGAAGAAGAAAGCAGUUCGUUCUCAGAGCAAAGUUACGCAGUGCUUGUCCUUGACUGUUUGUUGGUUGUGAUCUCCCUAGUAGCUGACCACAAGUACCAGCACUUCCAGCCCGUCCUACACGUUUAUAUUGAAGAGAGUUUUUGCGACGCCCUGGCUUAUGAGAAAUUAAUUUCCAUAAUGGUCUGGGCGAUACGAUCAGCGGAAAACGGGGAAGUGGCGUCGAAGCGACUUUUACAAUGUAUGAAGUGUUUGGAGAGUCUCGUACGCGUACUCGUACGUUCUCGUCAGUUGCGAGCUGCUAUGGGAUCGCGAGCCACAAAUAGUUCAAGUAGGGACAAUGACCCCUACUGUCCACAACUUGAGAGUCUCCUACAAGCGUUAGUGUGGUUAAUGCGUUGUGGCGAUCACGCGUUGACAUGUCAAGGGUCCGCUUUGAAGUACCUUCCGCACGCCAUACCGCAUAUGAUCAAGAUAUAUCCGGACACACAGCUCAGUGAAUAUACAGUCUGGGCACUAGAAGCUUUACCACUCGGUCGAUUAUCCAACCAGCGACUUCACGCCUUAUUAGAACUAAUCAAAGGACCUCUAGGCACUAAUGCGGGAUCACGAGCCAAACUACUUCCUCAUUUGGCCCAAACGUUGCGAUCUCUUUUACGAGCACCAGCUGAGUGGGAGCGCGAGGCAGCCAUUAAGUCACGAUCCGUGAACAAGGCGGCGCGGCUGCUCGGCGCCGACACCACACGACUCGUCGAUAACAGCCAGCAACAACAGUUUGUGGAGCUUUGCGUAGACACAUUAGGAGAAGUGGUCACACUGCUAGCAAGGGAUGAUGUGGGACCUGUAGAGGCUGACAGAGGUGUCCUAGCCAGAGCCUUGCUUCCUACAGUAUUAAAGAUAGCCGUCACAAUGAUGAGGGAGAGAGGAAGAGAUGAGACCAUCGCUAAUGAUGAUCCUUUACUGCGUAAACUGAUUUGCGUACUGCUGGAUAUGGUGCGACAAAUGUCUGAGGAACAAUACACAACUGUAAUGAAGACAGUAGAGGCAGAAGGUACAGGCCGAUCUGAUUCCUUAGCUCAUGAUGCACUGGCGAUGAUGACGUCACUUCUCCAAAGGCCGGUGUUCAGAUCGUAUUGGGCCGAUAUGCUGCAUCUACAACAUUAUAUUAUGAUGCAUGCUUUGAGGCUUCUCUCUAGAAUGCUGAGAGACAGCCUUUCCACACUGGACGAGACAGAUACUGACAGUGUUAGUGCAGUCCAUUCAACCUUAGCUGAAUGGUUCAGUACUGUGGGUCUUGUGGCCUCAUCCUCGCCACUGCAGUUAGAGAGCGUUCCAGCUACGAGAAAACACCGGGUGGUGAUGUUGUAUGGCGACAUACGUAGGUCUGCAGCGACGUUGGCCGCGGAAAUGUGGUAUAGCUUGGGUGACCACAAGCGAUAUUUCAUCCCUCAGCUAGUAGGCCCCUUCCUUGAAGUGAGUUUCCUCAACGAUGAAGAAGUACGCAACACCAUAAUACCGCUCUUUUUCGACAUGAUGCAGACUGACUUUAGACGGACACAGGAGAUUUAUGGUGAAGGUAACCUCCGUACAUUCGAAAAUGAGUUAAUCGACAAGUUAGACGUGUUAGCCGAAGCAGGGCGUGGCGAUGCAGGAUGGCGUGCACGUUUCGUAUCCCUAUGUGGCGCUAUGUGCAACCAAAGCACAGAGUUGCGCAACUGUGGCUCGACUUUAGUUGCCGCAGCCGCCCGGCAACUGGAUGCCCUGUUACAGUACAGGGCAGCUCCUACGUCCCAUAGAAUGUACUUGAUCACCAGUGUGUUGCGGUUCUACGAACAGAUUGAAAGACCGCAUAUGUAUAUCAGAUAUGUCCACCGGUUAGCAGCCAUGCAUCGUUCCUCCCAGCAUUGGGCAGAAGCUGGUCUCACUUUGCAGCUACACGCAAAACUACUUGAGUGGAGUCAUACUGCAUUGCCGCCGCGGUUGAGACAUCCAGCCUCGCCUGACUCGCAUCUUACGCAUUUGGAUCUCAAGAUAUUUCUAUACGAAGAAAUGGCCCGUCUACUGGAGUCGGGUAGGCAGUGGGAGGCAGCAGUGGAAGUUAUCAAAGAACUAGUGCUAGUGCAUGAGCAAAAUGCACUAGAUUAUACCGCAUUGGCCGAUUUACACGAACUAUUGGCUUCUCUAUACAGAGCCACUUUACAUCAAACGAGGUUACCCAACUCGUACUUCCGGGUGCGGUAUUUGGGUAAAGGAUUCCCACCGCAUUUGCUAACACCAAAGGGUUUCGUAUACCGCGGUAACGAGUGCGAUAUGCUUCACAACUUCAAAGAGCGAAUGCUAGAUGAGUGGCCUGAAGCUGAGGUUCUACUAAAACUGGAUGAACCCGGAGAAGAUAUCACAGAGUCUGAUGGACAAUAUUUACAAAUAAACGCGGUUACACCAGUGAUCUCGGAGAAAUGGGCGCAUCUCGUGAACAAACCAAUAGACGAGAGAAUACUUCAGUAUUAUGAACACAAUAAUGUUAAUAAGUUUAUUUUUUCUAGGCCUGUAUAUAAAAAUGACGACGGAGAUUUAAUAUCGGGUAAAGAUGUUUCUGGUGCAAAGGAGUUCGCUUCGAGGUGGAUUGAAAGGACGGAAGUUGAGAUUAGUGAUAAAUUACCUGGUAUACUUCGUUGGUUCCCUGUAAUAGCUUCUCGUACAUACUUGGUGUCUCCUUUGGAAGUGGCGGUGGAAACUAUGUCAAAUACGAACAGACAACUCAAACGGGUCAUUCUGGAAACUAAGAACACGAAUGCGAUAUUACACCCGCUGACUAUGAGGUUGCAAGGUAUCCUAGACCCACAAGUACAAGGAGGGCUAGUUAACUACGAGUUGGCAUUCUUCACGGCCAGCUACGAGGCACGGCAUCCUGAACAUAGCGGCCUACUGCAGCAGCUCAAAGAUUUGAUUGCUGAUCAAGUGCCUUUACUGAAGUUUGGUUUAGAAGUUCACGCCUCUCGGGAUCCGGACAAGAAAAUGCACGCAUUAUUGGUGAAACGUUUCCACGAGAUACAACAGAAGGUUGAACAGAACUUCGGUAGACGGAUAAGUGAAUUUGAUACUCUAAGCGAGGCGUCAUCAGAAGUUCAGUUGCGGGCAAAUCUUAGAGACAGCAGCGAUAUUGAUUCACGAAGCCUCGCGACUAACCGGAUGUCCGAUAUAUCGACCGGAAAUGAGUCAACUUCUAAGUCAAAAUUCAUUUCCGCUUUUAAUAGGACAAGAAUAAGUAGCAGUGGUACACUCACACCAAGGCACAAAAAAAGAAGUAGAAAGAGUGAAGUUAGCAUUCAAUCAAGUGGUAGUCAGUGGUACACCUCUGCUACAACGAAUGGUGUGAACAACUCUAUCAAUAGUGCCAUAACAUCAGCAAUUGCAAGUGCCUUCAACAAUAACUUGAAUAGUGUCAGCUCACCGAAUAUUGUCGAUUCAGCAGUUUCUCCACUGCGAGAGCUGCGACAGGACUUGGUGACGGAAAGGCCUCUUCGGGCGGACGUCGAGCGGCGGUUAUCGCAGCGAGCUUCAUACGUCACUUCCUCAGAGCCACCAUCUAACAGGGAUUCGUUAGGCACUACAGACUCGAACCAAGACGAAGAGGAACCGCCGCCGCUACCAGUCAAGCAGUCACACAGAAGCCUAGACCUAGACACAGAGAACAAUAACCAGGAGACGAACCCCCUACCCACCAGGUAUAAUUACGAUUUAGUGCUGUCACCGCGCAACUCAUAUUUGUACCAAUCAAAGAGAAGAGAGUUACCACCGACCAAUGAAAAAGCGCCGACGCCGCCGCCAAAGAAACGGAAUCAAACUAAUGCAUAAUCUGUAGUUCCGGUCCAGUUAAUAUAUGAUCUUUAAAGGGUUUAAACGUGGACUAAAGUAACGAGGUUUGUUACCAUGGUAACCCACCAUCCUUUUAUAUGAAAAUAGCAUCAU